UUUUCUCCUUUUUUUCUUUUUGAUAUUUUUGUAUUAUUUAUUAUUUUUCAAAAAUAAGUCAAGUUAGAUCUAUCAAAAAUUGUAUGCUAAAAAGUAAUAAUUAGAGGUAUAAUAUUAAGAAAGAAGUAAACAAAAAUGGUUUCUCCUGACGAAAAAGCUGAUGAGAAACCCUUUCUUCCACCUCCAGUAACGUCAGCAUCUGCAUAUGCUCAUCACCAAAAGCAGCAUUCGCCGACUAUUAUUUUAUUGGUAGUCGCAUUUUACUGGGCUGCUUCUUUAUCAGUAGUAUUUUUAAACAAAUAUAUUCUAAGUGUUUCAGAAUAUAAAUUUCCAUUUCCAUUAUUUGUAACAUGGUAUCAACUUGUUGUCGCGUUUGUUAUUCUGUUAGUAUGGGGAACUUUGGGUCAAAGUGUUAGUUCAUUUAUCCCACCGUAUGAAUUCAAUUUAAGUAUUGCCCGUAAGGUCGCUCCAUUAACAUUUGUGUAUGUUAUGAUGCUGGCCUUCAACAACUUAUGUUUGCAAUAUGUAGAAGUUACUUUUUAUCAGGUUGCCCGCUCACUUUCAAUUCUUUUUAAUAUUUUCUUUACAUACACACUUCUUGGAGCCAAAACUUCAUUCAAUGCAUUAGUUUGUUGUAGUAUUGUUUUCUUUGGUUUCGUUAUUGGUUCCUAUGGAGAAAUAAAUUUCUCAUGGGAAGGUAUCAUUUAUGGUGUUGCUUCUAGUGCAUUCGUUGCAUUGUAUGGUAUUUAUGUUAAAAAAACACUUAGCGUAGUAGAUAAUAACGAAUGGCGGCUUCUUCAUUAUAAUACGACUCUAUCAAUAUUCUUCCUUUUCCCAUUAGUAAUUUUUUCUGGUGAAUUGCAUAGAAUUGUAACAGUAGAUUUCUUAUAUGAAUGGGGAUUCUGGACAUUAAUGACUAUCACUGGUAUCACCGGAUUUGUCAUCAACAUUGCAAUGUUCUUGCAAAUCAAAUUCACGACGCCUUUAACCAACACAAUUUCCGGGACUGCAAAAAGUUGUUUCCAAACCGCUUUGGCGGCUUGGUAUUUCCAAAAUCCAAUUUCACUUUUGAAUGGAACUGGUAUAUUCUUCGCUUUAUUCGGUUCGGGUUUAUAUUCUUGGGUGCGAUAUAGGGAAAUGGUCCGAAAAUAAAUUUAUGUUUCCUAAUUAAUGUAUAAAAAGAUUUUAAAUAUAUUUAGAAUUUUGGUUCAGUCAGAAAAUAAUAUAACUUUUUUUUAAUAUCGUUAUUUUUGGAGGUAGUUAUUAUUAAUAAUAGUUUAUUAAAUA